AUGUCAUACGCCGGAGUUGGUCCGGUGGUCGUAAUUGACUCUAUUGGCGAAGAACCAGUCGCCAACGGUGACCGGAAACGAGUCCGAUCAGACCCAGACGACAAGACCGACUCGAAAAAAAUCAGAGACCACAAAUCGCAAGAGUUGGAUGAACUGGGCGAUUUGACCCUCCGCGUUGGACCGGAGCAGUCAUCCUUCAAAGUUUGCUCCAGAACCGUGUCGCGCGUAUCUCCGGUCUUCAUGAGGAUGCUCCAUGGACGCUUCAAGGAAUCUCGCCCAGAGUCAAGCGAUUGGAUCGUGGACCUGCCCGACGACGACACCGAGUCCAUGCAGAUCAUGCUGAACAUGAUGCACGCGCGCUUCGAUUGGGUGCCGCAGCGUAUCUCCAUACCAGAUCUCUACGAAAUGCUGGUUCUAGUUGACAAGUACGACGCCCUCGACGUUAUUCAGCCCUGGGCUCGAGGAUGGGUUGAUUCCGUGGGUGAGGACCUGGAUCAGCCUGCGCUGCUUUGGAUAGCGUCGGAGUUGGGCGAUUCUGAGCUUUUUGGGAAGGUGGUCAUGGAGAUCGCGACGAAGUGGACGGUUGACUUGGACGGCGCCAUCAUCCCUCAAAUCAUCAAUCAUGCUCGCAAAGAACUGCUGAUGUUGGAACUUCUUCCAUAUUGGUCUGUUAUUCAGGAGAUCCACACCGGUGGUUACACGCAGAGACUCAUUGAUCCGGAAAUGAUGGAUGGAGAAAUGUGUCUCGAAUAUGCCAACGACCACUACGAUUGUGGCGCAACCCUACUAUCCCGCCUAUUGAAUGGUUUCCAUAGACUCGAUAGGCAGGAGCAACUUCCAGUUGGCAACGGCUUGCAAGGCUCAGGUUUCGCCCACCACUACCGAAAGACGGUCACAGCUUUGAGAGACACUCUGGCCAAGGCCACGUUCUUUGAAAUCGAACACCCCAUGGCCUACGAAGGAACGACCUGCGACGGCUGUGCGGAAUGGAUUGAGGCAACUUUACAGAAGGAGCAGGAAGCGAGAGAUCGGUCAAAGAUCCUGUCAUCGAUUCGCUCCGUCAGCGAGGACCACCAAGGGUACAUGGCGCAGCGAGGUGUGAGAACGGGACUCUAUGUUGAUAAGGCCGAGGACAAGAACUAG